UCUUUGUGCGUGAAAUUCACCUCGACGGAUGCCAUGCAGGACGCGUUACGUAAGAAUCGCGAACCACGGAAGUUUUGUUAUUCGAGCGGAAAGACUGUGGAAGUCCGAAUGAUUAUUGCGGGAAGUAACAUACGGUAUGUUAGGGUGUUUGAUCUUCCACCAGAAAUACCGGAUGAGGAUCUAUCUUCGGUACUCGGACAAUACGGUACAGUGGAGUAUUCAGUGCGAGAAAAAUUUCCCGUGGAUUUGGGCCUCGAUCACUUGUACACGGAUGCAUGUCCUUUGCGAAAUAAACGGAUGACCAAGAAAUCGGCAAUCACGUUUGCCGAAAUAGUAAACGGAUGCCAGAACAAUGGAGAAGGUAUUGAUGAGGAAGACAUUGAGGAAGGAACGAUCGAAAUUCUGGAUGAAGCGAUGCAGCAAUCUGUGGGAGAAGAAGAAGAAAUAGAAGAAGAAGAAGAAGAACUGGAAAAAGAACAGGAUCCAACGAAAAUAGUAUUUAAAAAUAAAACGGAUCAGUUGUGGUACGAGCGCAAAGGAAUUCUUAAUUACACCGAGAAAAAAGAGAAAAUGUUGCGGGAAUAUGCGGAGGAACAACGGAAGAAGAAAGAGGAGGAUCUGAGAGAACAAGCAAAAUACGCGGCUCGCAAAAAAGCGCGAAAAAAUGUAUUGUAAUUAUGAUAACUUUGUUAUUUAAUAUGUUUCUCGGCUCCGUAGAGUUUUAUAUAAAACAAAUGAGCC